AUGUCAUCGGAAUUUGAGGGUGAAAAUGUAUCAGUGCGGUUCAUUAUCAACACAAAACUUCAGUGUGUACUAAAGUUGAAACCAUCCAAUACAUUUGGUAGUGUAAGUCAGUCGUUCAGAGAUCUUAGACCCAAAGAACUGGGUGUGUUGCCAGAUAAUCCAUUGUUUGCCUAUAUUUACUCGGGCAAGCUAUUCAACGACGACAAUACAAUCAGAGAUUUGGGACUGACACAGAGUAAACAGCCAUUCAACGUGCAAGUCAUAGUAAAAGAUGGCGACAAACACAAGCUACAACAAGAGCGUUAUUCAUCACCAAUGAUGCAACGUGUUGUUAUGCAAGCACAAGAACAACCUCUAACUCAAUCACCAAUAUUAGCUUCUUCAUUUGAUACAAGUGAAGAAUUUUCACAGAUUGAGAAUAUCUUUCAUGUCAAACAAGAUGCAAAUCAUACUAUUUCACUUGGAUUUCUAGAUCAUUUUAUACACUCUUUUUGGAACUAUUUGGUGACGCGGCAUCCACACCUGGUGACACACGAAGGAGAAACCAUUCAAAAUAUAACAGUGACGAUUGAUCCAGUCACAAACACAUCGACAACCACAUCAUCAACGACUAUUCACCCAUUUCCAACAGAGAAACUCAAUAAAAUACUCCGAUUAGUAUUACUCAACAACAACUAUGACAGUCGUGGCGAGCGCAUAACCACUCUCGAUAACAAUACUCGUGUCACCAAACAGCAGUUUCGUAUCAUAUUUUUCCUGUUCACCUGUGAUUCCCCAGAGGACGAAUGUCCCAAUGGCACACUCGAUGAGCAACCAAUAAGCGUAAGGCGUGUUGUGGAACAAUACCAUCCCACUAUUUCUAGAACAGCUUUUGACAAUGAGAAAUUCAUGAAUCUUUACAACCAAGUUAAAUCUUAUGGUUGCCAAAACUCUGACAAACUCAGUUGUCGCCUCAUUGAACUACUUCUUUAUCUACACACUGCCGAUGUCAUUUUGACUCAAGCCAACGCCACCACCACCAACAAUAACAGACUUCCAUAUUGCGAGUUGGAUUAUAAAAAACCAAGACCUGGUCAAGUCACCAAUGCACCAAAGAUCAAUAUCAGAAAGUCAACAGGUGUCAGCAGUCCAAAAUCAGAUUAUUCAUCCACCUUUGGUAAGAAAUCUACCAAUCCUGUGGUAACAAUUUCCAAUACUAGUCCAAGAACACCGACAACAUCAAGACCCACCUCAAUGAUCAUUAAUAAAGUUGAGUUUGAUGACGGUGCUAGCAAAGUUCAAAACCCUACUUUUGAACAAACCAGCCACUCUCCAUCUCUAACUGAGACCAAGAUAUCCUCAGCCAUCUUCUAUGAACCAGAGAUUCAAAAUCUGCAUGUAACUCAGGUGAAUUCUCCUCACACUGAAACCACCAUUGGAUCUCCAACUCUUUGCUCAAUGUCCUCGGAUUCCAAUAUUCCAACUCACAUAGAGGUGACCAAAACAAUCACUACAACUUACACCAUUCCUAUUGAGAACAACAUUAACCCCAAACCAAACAUUGAACAACCAGCUCCAGCUCUUUAUCAUGUUCAAGUUCAAUCUGAUGAAAACAAAUUCAGUACCCCAAUAACCAGUAAUCAUUGGAAUGAACCAGGUUCCACUUUUUCAAAGGAUUCAGGUGAUUACCUAAGCAAUGAAUUCAACAGUAUUAAAUUUGAUAUUGGGUUUGGAAUGCAAUCUCCUUCUACUUCAAUUAAUAACAACAAUAAUAAUCCAAAUUUUUAUGAAACAACAAAACCAGAGAUAAAGUCGAGUAUUUGGGUUGACAAUGAUUCAGAUUCAACAUCCUCAUCUUCAUCUUCCUCUUCAUGUUCCACUCCACCACCAAUGAAACAACAAACUGUUGAAGUAUUCAUUCCUGCCCCACCUCAGUCCACGAUCGAAAUAAUUGAGAUUCCACAACCACAGAGUGCUCCAACCAUUGUCUCUCCGACUGCCAGCGGCGGACAUAUAGAUGAAAUUCAUAUCCAUCAUUAUCACCAUCAUGAACAACCACAACAGAAUCAAGAGUCUCUUCAUUUACAUCAAAUUCAUAAUCAAGAACAACAACAACAACAACAAAUAUAUCAAUUCCAACCAAAUCCACAGCCACAACCAACACAAAUUACAACAACCUAUAUACCAGAAGCGCAACCAAAGUCUUACAGUGUAGGCUAUGUUGACAGUCGUGGUGGAAAUGACUCACCCAAUACCUCACAACAAAAGCUAUCAUCAGUGUACACUCAAUCAAAUGUCUACAAGAUUGAUAACACUACCAACCACGCGGGAAGCAAGAGCAACUUGUUUGGCGAAGUAACCGGUCCAAAGAAUUUCGCCGUUACCUACAUCGAUGACAAGUCGACUCCACAUGACAAACCACCUGUAUUCGGAUGCCAAAAGUGUAGCAAGGAGAUCUAUGGUACCACCAUCUUCAAUGCACAGGGAGACAAGUUCCACCCUCAUUGCUUCACUUGCUACAUAUGUCGUUCACCAUUGAACGACGCCUACUUCCAAAACGAUACAGGCUACCUCUGUGCCGGUUGUCAAGUAAUCUUAAACGAACGUAACAAACAAACAAGACAACAACUAGGUCAUUGUAAUAUUUGUUACAAGAGAUUCACUUCUGAUGAAAGUUUUGUAUCGAUUGACAAUGAGAAAUAUCAUAAACAAUGUUUCAAGUGUAGUGUAUGUAAGAGUGUGAUUACCGGAUUGGACUACUCUAGAGACAGAGUUACCUCUUCUAUCUCCAACUACUGCUGUUUCAACUGUCUUGAUAGUGGACGUGCUGAUCGUUGUCCACAAUGUCUUGGUGCCAUCGUCGGAGGUGCCAGUAUCUUUGCUCUUGGAAAGACUUAUCAUCCACACUGUUUCAAGUGUUCUAGAUGCAAAGUCAAUAUACCACAUGGUACUAAAUUCUCAAACGAUGACAAACAACCAACAUGUGCAUCAUGUAAACCAAAAAACAAUUCACAUUCACUCGUUGUUUAA